ACAUAUUGCAAACUCAAAGGCACAGGCAUAGUAAAGUUAACGACGCUUCGCUAAAAAUUUUCAAAAAUGCGUGAAAUCGUUCAUCUUCAGGCCGGCCAGUGCGGUAACCAGAUCGGCGCUAAGUUCUGGGAGGUUAUCUCCGACGAGCACGGCAUUGAUCCAACUGGCACAUAUCACGGAGACUCCGACCUUCAGUUAGAAAGGAUCAACGUAUACUACAAUGAGGCUACAGGCGGAAAAUAUGUUCCCAGAGCUUGCCUCGUCGAUCUGGAACCGGGAACGAUGGACUCCGUACGUUCAGGUCCGUUUGGACAGAUUUUCAGGCCAGACAACUUUGUCUUCGGCCAAAGCGGAGCUGGAAACAACUGGGCAAAAGGCCACUACACUGAGGGAGCCGAGUUGGUAGAUUCUGUACUUGAUGUCGUUCGAAAAGAAGCAGAAGGCUGCGACUGCCUUCAAGGCUUUCAACUUACACACUCGUUGGGCGGUGGAACCGGCUCGGGCAUGGGAACCCUCCUUAUUUCGAAGAUCAGAGAAGAAUAUCCCGACAGAAUCAUGAACACAUUCAGCGUUGUGCCAUCACCAAAGGUAUCAGACACCGUUGUGGAGCCUUACAACGCUACGCUGUCCGUUCAUCAGUUGGUUGAAAACACCGAUGAAACGUACUGCAUCGACAAUGAAGCUCUGUACGAUAUCUGCUUCAGAACUCUGAAGCUCACCACACCAACUUAUGGAGACUUAAACCACCUUGUCUCUGCUACAAUGAGCGGUGUAACAACCUGUCUUCGAUUCCCCGGCCAGCUGAACGCUGAUCUCAGGAAACUGGCAGUGAACAUGGUUCCUUUCCCUCGUCUCCACUUCUUCAUGCCUGGCUUUGCUCCACUCACCAGCAGAGGAUCCCAGCAGUACCGCGCCCUGACAGUACCAGAACUCACUCAGCAGAUGUUUGAUGCCAAGAACAUGAUGGCUGCCUGUGAUCCAAGGCAUGGACGUUACCUGACAGUGGCAACCAUGUUCCGUGGCCGCAUGUCCAUGAAGGAGGUCGAUGAACAGAUGCUCAAUGUCCAGAACAAGAACAGUUCUUACUUUGUGGAAUGGAUCCCCAACAAUGUCAAGACAGCUGUCUGUGACAUCCCUCCUCGUGGUCUGAAGAUGUCCUCCACUUUCAUUGGCAACAGCACUGCCAUCCAGGAACUCUUCAAGCGCAUCAGUGAGCAGUUCACUGCUAUGUUCAGGCGAAAGGCUUUCUUGCAUUGGUACACUGGUGAGGGCAUGGAUGAGAUGGAAUUCACUGAGGCUGAAUCCAACAUGAACGAUCUUGUUUCCGAGUAUCAGCAAUACCAGGAUGCGACUGCUGAAGAGGAAGGCGAGUUUGAUGAGGAAGAAGAGGAGGGCGAAGCAGCAUAAAAUAUAGAAUCGCUUUUUUGACACGUGAUGCCAUUAUCAACUUGAAGUGAAACAUUUGUCAUAUCCUAAUUAAUAUCGAGAAAGAAAUUCUAAUAUGACACAGUGGUGUCAUCUCGCCUUCAGUGUCUCGCUUCUUAAAUUCUCCUUACAGUUCUCUGUACAUAUCUAAAGCAAGGGUUAGGAGAAUUUGAUCGUAUAUACCAACACAAUUUCCCUUUUGCGGUAGUUUCCUUUCCACAUGAUACGCAUGCUUAAGUUUUACGAACAUGUUAGUUGCUUUUCAAAGGGUUUAAAGGGGACAAGUCACGGAUUGUGAAGACGAAGAUUAUCUUUAGUUCACGGCCUCAAAAUCGAAGUGAGAAUUGAACGAGAGAGUCUGAUCCCUGACUGGAUCAGACCACCCUCUCCCCCGGCCACUCCGAGUUGUUCAAACGGCUUAGAGCAAGACAUCGUGAUAUCUCUGGCAUCGAGGAGUUGUUACAAUAUGAUGUUUACUGCGAUUGGAAGACAAUUUUGUUUUCGUGACAUAGCUCUUUCUAAUAUCCCUCAUAUAAUCCACGAAAGAAAAUCUUGAACCAAGAAAAUCUAGUGUAUUGUCUUCACUGGAAUCUUUUAGACAUUAAACUGUAAAUAACAUCGGGGAAAGUCAUACCAUAAAUGUAGAACCUUGUCAUCGUUGCCUAUUUAGCAUCAGCAUUCAUUCUCUUGUAAUCGAACUUCAUUCACGCAAUAAAAUUUGACUGAAGCUUCAUAA